AUGGAUUCUCCCAGCCCCGGGAGGCUAGACCGGAAGGUCGGUCCCGAUGGCCGGGAUAAUCAACGACUAAGGCCUCGUAUUCAAGCUUUGAAUGUCGAAAAGGAUGACGAAAGAUUCUCCAAGUAUGUUCCGAGGGCAAAAUCCGUUAUUUUGAGUUAUGGAGAUAUUGAUUCGAAUUUUGCAGGAAACAUGAUGAGUUUGGCCCGCCAAUUGCGACAUGGCGAAAUAACCUGGCUAAUCGGCCCCCCCAAGUCGGCUGCCUCGCAACGGAGAAAUCUCAUUUUCGUGGCGCAUCGGUGUGAUAUCUUUGUUUGGAUUCCAAAGGGUCCUCUUCAGUUAUUGGGGUCACAACCCGAAAUGAUCAUCAAACCUGUCAUGAAGGAACCGUUGAUGGAAGGGUAUAUUGAUCGUGUUCACCCCCACACAAUUAACAACAUCAUUGUGGAUGAUCUAGGCCGCGACGAGGCUCUGUUGCUGGCGACAGACUCGGGAAAUAUCUGUGGUUAUCAUGUAGAAGCGAUCUACUCCGCAGUCAACCGAUGCGCAAAGAGUGGCUACAAACGACCCUUUGAUGGAUCCGAGGUCAAUCCGUUCUUCGUGGAAAAUGUUGGAAUGAGCGCCUGGGGCUUGGCCACCCAUAAAUAUGCUCGUUUAAUUGCGGUCAGCGCCAACACGGGUCUCAUUACUGUAUAUGCUUUUGCAUUGGUGGAUUCAGCUGCGGAGAACAGAGAUGAUGGAACUGAAAACCCCGACGAUACCAGUGCUGGUAUGAGCUCAGCAGAUCAAACCUGGGUACCGGUGGAAAGCAGGAAACAGCUCUACGAGCUACAUCAGCUUACGCCGCGAAACUAUCGAUCCCGCAACCUGCGACUAACCUACAGAGGUCAUUUCGAUAAUAUUCCUUGUGUGUCUUUUGCCAAUUUUGAUCUGAAUCCAAAUGGAAUGUGGAUGGUCAGCACCGAUAUCAGCAAUAGGCUUAUUGUCUGGAGAAUAUGGGAUGAUUUAUGGCCGUCUAGGGUGUAUUACCCUGGCCAUCCAUCCAACAACCCGCCUCAAAGGGGCUGGUCGGUCAUUCCCCUCGACCCGCGCACAUUCAAGCCGUGCCGCACAAUAGAAGAAGCCUGUGGAUGCAAGCCGGAUGCACAGAAUAUUGCGCAACGAACAAUUCUAGACACAUCCCGGGGGAUAGAGGGAGUUCCUGAUGCAUCGCAGAUUUUUGUGUAUGGCUUCAAGCACAAAGACUCGAGCAGAGACGUGGCACCUGCCUAUAUGCCGGAUGAUAUAUUUUCUUCCGAUUGCUGCAUUGAGGAUAAACACAGACCUCGUUCCUAUUUUGGCCUCGAGAAGGACUCUAUGCCUUGGAACUUCGAUGUUGUCUAUGCCGUUGAUACUGGGACUGAAAGAAGCAGCGAGCCCCGUUUUUACGAUACUAGAAGCGCACGUCAAAAUCGAAUCAAGGAUUCGUUUACUGACAAAACUCGGAGGUCACGGAUACAGGGUCAUUUACCUAACCUCCUCGGAGAGGAUGACCAUGAUGAUCAUCACCGCGUACCACCGUGCUUGUAUCCGGAUGGCUCGGAGGGGGACCCUGACCCUUCCCUGGCGCUACUAAGGAACAAGGCAGUUCACCGUAACCCCCCCCAGCCGAAUUUCUUCCCAGUCAUCCAUUUCUCUGAACACCACAUCAGCCUAGCCGCCUACCCAAUGGACUCAGAAUACCAAAUAGUCUGCAAAAACCCACUCUUCCAACGAGUCUCUCUCCACGCAGAGAUCAGCUCACUCUGUGACCGCUUCAACAUGGUCAAAUACAUUCCCGAGCUAGGCCUCGUGAUAGCAGCAUCUCAAAAGGGACGCGUGGCUAUAAUAUCUUUAACCUGGCACGAAGAAAUCGGCUGUACAUUCCGCCUGGACUGGAUCGUGCCAUUCUCAACGCAAGAAUCCGAAGAAGAACGCCCUAUUAUCCCGCUCCUCGGCAUCACCGUCAGUCCGAUGCCGGGAUUCGAAAUACCCCAAGAUGUCCCGAGUAUCCCACGCGGCAUCGAUCCAACUGAUUGGCAAACUUUCAAUUACCGCAUCCUGAACCCGGAUGAGAAUGAUUCUCAACAACAAUCUACCACUUCAUCUUCUUCUUCCACGGCUUCUGGAAAAGAGUCCAAAUUUCACGCAGAGUCCGACCUCCACUCUAAUUCUAGACAUAGCACUGCUACAACUACUGCAACUUCCACGGCCCAACAAACUCAGAAGAAAAAGGGAGACGAUAACGCAGACAAAUCACCACCCAAAGAACUCACCCUCCCCGAAUCACACGCACAAGCCUCACUCGCAUACCGUCCCCACGAACCCUGGCACGGCUGGCACCCAUCCCGCCAUUACAGACUUCUCCUCUUAUUCUGCGAUCAUACUGUCAUGAGCUACGAAUUCUGGCACGAUUGGAAGACAUAA